CACUCUUUUCGUUACCAGUCAGUUUCGCUUUCAAGUGCUUGGCGUCGGCGCACAGAAUAGCAAAGCACGUGGGAUAUAGAUUACAGAAUAAUAACAACAAUGUUGAAAGUCCUGUUUCCUUGGAAGCAGAACAAUAGAAAUGAAAAAGGUGCUCUCCGCAAUGAAACAAACUGAAGCAGAAACAGUACUUGAUGAACAACCACCAGAAGAGCUUCCCUUGCUUCCCUGUCAUGUCUGCAGCAGAACAUUUUUACCGAAACCUCUCGAGAAGCACAUUCGCAUAUGCGAACAGACGGCUCGAAGGAAACGCAAACCUUUCGAUUCGCUGAAGCAGAGGGUUGAAGGUACUGAUAUGGCUCCUUUCUACCAGAAGAGUUAUUUGAAGAGGAGCAAUCCAGAAAUGAGCAGUCAAGCUAUGGCUGGUGACGUGUAUGGAAAUAAUAAACAGAGCAAGUGGAGGGAGAAACAUUUUGAAUUGCAGAAAACUAUCAAGCACGCUAAAGGAACCAAAUUAGAUAUGAAUACAAAUCCGCCGACAAACAUAUCCAUAACUCCAAACAAGAAAGUGGGCCAUUCCACUAUACGUCAGGUUUCUACCAACGAACGUUGUCCGGUUUGUGAUCGGUCCUUUGGACCCAAAGCCUUCGAUCGCCACGUAGAAUUCUGUAGAGAGCAGAAGAACAGGGUUCCGGUACACAAAUCUCCUGCUGUAGUUCAACAAGCAAAAGAGAGGUUAGAAGCUAGGAUAAAUUACAGGGUGCCACCCCUGAAACAAACUAAACGAUCCUUGGUUCGAGAGAAGUAUUGUCCUUCUAGUCAGACCAAUCUUUUGCAUCGGUCCAACUCAAUUGUCUCAGGAAAAAACUCCAAUGCUCUUUCUUCAUCUGUCACAACCAUGUUGCCGAACAGGAGACAAUCCAUGAACGAUAAAAUGAUCGAAAGAAAUAGCAAGACAGAGAUAGUAAGCAAGACUAGAUUAGACAAGACGAUGGGAGAUUGUGGAGAUAUCAAAGAAAUUACUAAGAACGAAAGCAGCAACAGUAAUAAAAGCUUCCACACCAAACGGAUCAUCCCCGCUAAGAAAAUAAAUAAAACUGAAAUAAACGACUCCCUCCAGGGCAUUACUGUAUCAUCUUUGAGUGUUGAGAAAGAUAAGAAGUUAGUUACUUGGAAGGACACUGUAAAGGCUCAGCCAAAGGUCACCUCAUCCAUUUCACUGACCACCACCAGCAGCAUUGUGAAGAGAAAUGUUGAUUGUAUUAACAAGGAAGGAUCGAGAAAGUUAAAUGAAUUAGACAAGUCGUCAUCUUUAGGUAAAGUGUUCAAAAACAGGUUAAUGACGGAAAAAUUGAGCAUGUUGAUGAGGAAUAAGAAAUCGGAAGAAAUUGAAGCUACGGAAGAUCCGGCGGAAUCGACGAACUUGAACGACACAUACACGAUAAAAGCGACACUGUCAGCUGAUCUAGCGCUAAUUGAUUCUAAUGAAGAAAUGCACGACGUAGGUAAUGAUGAAGCAUUAGAUUUUUCAGAACUCAACGAUAUAAGUGAAGAAGGAGAAUUGGAAGUUGAAUCUCAGAAAGAUAUGACGGAAUCACAGUCUAAUAACUUCAAUAGAAUGACGGUUUCAUAUAUCAAAGACGUCGAAGAUGGGGAGCAAGAGGUCGAGAACUUCGCCAAGCUGAGCCUGGACCACAAUGCCGACUUUUCUGAUAAAUAUAAUAUCACCAGCUCAGACGAACAAUCCGAGCAGGAAUAUAUCAGUAGAGAAAACGAAUGUGUAAAAUUUGAUUCUGGAGAAGACACGAAAACGGAAGACACGAGUAGUCUAUGCCUGCGUCUACCACUUGAAGGCAUGGAAUCCAGGGUCAAGUUGAAAAACAACGAUUUGGACCCUGAUCAAAAACUCAGAAAUAACAUCAAAGGCUUCUACGAAAUAAUGAAGGCACGCAGGCGGAAAGUAGCAAAAGAGAGAGAGCAGCUGUGUUUGUUAGAAAGUAGCAAAGAUAUACGGUGCCAUCUAGAUUCUACAUCGGUAAAACUUUCUGCAAAAUCUUCGAGAGCAGAGAGUGAAGUGGUCGAAAAAUUUGAAGAAAAUGACCUGAGUGAGAAAGCAGGUGUGGAGUUGCCCCUGGACAUUGUGGAAACCGAUUCUAGGAUCACCAGAACCGACUUCAUUCGAAAUGAAAAGAGAAAUGGUACCAUCCGAAGUGCAGGUUCCGUAUCGAAAGGAAAUAUAACUUUUACAAUAGCCUCGAGACAUUUGAGAACGUGGAAAAGAAGAAAGAAAACGAAAAAAUAUCGUAUGUGUGUUAAGUGUUUCAUCCGAAACAUAAGAAGAAGCAGACAUCUCCGAUGGAAGAAUAAAAUGGACGCAUUAUAUCGUUCGCAUCUCGAAACUUCAGACGUUGAAACUGGCUCUGAGAGUCCUCAAGUCUUGCAAGAGACAGAGAGUCCGGAUCAAUCUAAAGACCCUACAAUCUGCACGAACAUAUUGUUCAGAAAAAGUAUAAGUGCUGACUGCAUGAAGAAGGACCGAUCGAUUUUAUACAAUGAAGAAAAUGAAACAUUUCAGACAGAAAAAAAUUUUCGUAGCCAUCCGAAUAUUUUACUGAUGCAUGAAAAUAGCCAUGUGACCAAUACCAAUCAUAGAACAAGCUCCGAAAAUUCUUUCGAUUAUGUGAUUCCGAGAAAAAAACGGAAAAUAAGUGCAUCGUUUAUGAAUCUCAUGUCAGAUGAAGAAAAAACUGAAAUAAACUUGAAACAGAAUAUAAGCAAGAUAAGGAAAAGAAAGAAAGAAGAAGAACCGCCACUUAUAUUGGACUAUGACAAUAUUGGGCCCAGUGCUAGCAUUACUUCUGCGUCAGUUCUGUACAUAAACAAGGUUUUUACAAAUUUGGUAACACCCGAAAGAAGCGAAAUUGAAUCUGUUGAUGAUUAUGAAGAUGAAGAAAUCAAAGAAUAUGGGGAUGAAGAAUUGGAAGGUUGGGAAGUUGCCGAAGAAGAGUUGCGUAAGGAACUCGAAAAAAGAAAAAUGUUGACCAGAUGCGAAUCACCGACAAAGUUAUCCAAAAACAACGUUGACAGUUUCGUGUAUGAGGAAUCGGGUAAUUCAAUUGGAAGAUCCAAUGCUAAUAUCGAUAUGAAACGAACUGAGUCUGUGAACACUCUGAAGAAUAGCUCAGCAUGUACCAUUGUCAACAUAAAUUGUGGAGGAACUACAUCAGCCAAGAGCUUGGUGCUUCCUGGAUUAGGUCGAGAAAACGAAGUCAAAACUAUUCAAAUGGCACAAGAAAAAAUGGAGAUUUCUAAGGAAACAUAUCUACCCGAACCAAUAGUAAUUAGUACUCCCAUUGAAAAGAAACCUUGCCGUCUUCCUAGAAUAAUUCCUCGUAAUAAACAAACUGACCUUUCGAGAUCUCUAGAAGAGUCAACCGAAACAGAUAUCAAACUACCCGUUAUAAUUAAUCUGUUGUCACUAAAGGAACAGGGCGAUGAAGUAACUAUGCCAAAUGAUGAGCUAAUUCAAGUACCAAGUAGGGCCACGAAAGAUUUAAUUUCAUUCUGUCAACAAACAAGCAAGAUGUUCAUAGAUAAAAGUUCGAGUAUCAAUAAAUAUGAUAUUAUGGAAGAGCCCAGAAACAAGCUAAGCCCCGAAUCGCGGAAGAACAAGAACAAUAGAAGAUUGGAGACCAGUAGUCUGAGCGUACAAACCAGCAUGGAGAUCAGAAAAACGUCGGCUGAGGGACUGGAGGAAAAAGAGGAAUGCUUCAACCUAACUAGGAUGCCAACGGCAGAAGAACUUUAUCCGGAUAAUCCUACGAUGUACGAGGAGUUUAGAAAAUAUGAAGAAAUGUAUAGAAGAGAAAAAGAGAGUAGGAGUAGUUCUUCUAAAAAACAAAAGAAAAAAACAACGGAUUUUGGAAUUAAUAUAGAAGAAGACAGUAAAGCCUAUGGAGAUUCUGCUUAUGGAAGUUUAAACAGAAAACAGCAAAUAAAGGAUCCAGAAGGUUCAGAUCAAGCUGGAGAAUUCGGAUCCAAAGUGCAAUCAUCAUCAACAAAUUCUGGCGAAAGACUUCCGAAAUACUGUCACGAAUGCGGUAAUAAAUAUCCAGUAGCUACAGCCAAAUUCUGCGUCGAGUGUGGUGUGAAGCGACUUGUAUUGUGAUAAGGAAUGAAAAAAUCAUUGAUGCUUUCAUACUGUGCAAUAUCUAAGCAAUUGAAAGAGGUCUUCGGGUAUAUUUAAUAUUCGUCCAGUGCUAUUUUUAUCUACUCAUUUUAUCAUUUUUGACAAUCUGUAAGUUCAUUUUAAUAUAUUGCUUAUUAUAUAUAUAUAUAUUGAUAUUGGCGAGAGGUUGACCAUA